GUCCACUGUCCUGUCCACCACACACCUCUGCUCCUAAACCCACCCCCACUCUCCAGUUCCCGGCGCACCGCACCACCGAUGGCCACGACCGUCCGCCUGCAGCUGGUCUUCCGCCCACCCGCUGCUGCUUCUCCUUGCCGUCGUCGUCCCUCAUCAGAUCAUCUGAUUUUGAGACGGCGUCCAGAUCACCCAAGAUCAUCCUCGUCCCGACGGCCCCAGCAACCGCAAUCCUCCAGCACCGCCAUCCGCGAGAGCAGGCAGCAGCAGGUGACGCUGAAGCUGACGUACCUGGAGAUCAACAGCUGGGUGUGGGAGGUGCAGCAGCAAGGCCAAGCCCCCGUGCGCAUCCUGGUGGACCCAGUCCUUGUCGGCAACCUCGACUUCGGCGCGCCCUGGCUGUUCGACGGCGCCAAGAAGAAUCCCAAGGUGAAGGCCCUCGGGGUGGACGACCUGCUGCUGGCGCCGGAGGCGAGGCCGGACGUGCUGCUCAUCACGCAGAGCCUGGACGAUCACUGCCACGUCCGGACGCUGACGCAGCUGUCGGCCAGGGCGCCUGACCUGCCGGUGGUGACCACCCCCAACGCGCAGCCAGUGCUCGAAUCCCUGCCCACGCCCUUCCGCCGUGUCACCUACAUCGAGCCCGGCCAGUCCACCGCCGUCAACCAGCAGGUCCGGGUGCUGGCCACCGCAGGCCCCGUCCUGGGGCCCCCGUGGCAGCGCCCCGAGAACGGCUACAUCCUCAUGGCCACAGGUGAGGAGAGCGGCCCCGGCCUCCUCUACUACGAGCCGCACUGCGUGUACGACAGGUCCUUCCUGGAGGAGAAGCAGCUGCGGGCGGACAUCGUCAUCACGCCGGUGGUGAAGCAGCUCCUCCCGGCCAACUUCACCCUCGUCUCCGGCCAGGAGGACGCGGUGGACCUGGCCAGGCUGCUGCGAGCCAGGUACGUGGUACCCAUGAGCAACGGCGACGUGGACGCCGGCGGACUCCUGGCAACCGUGCUCACCAAACAGGGGACGACGCAGUCCUUCCAGGCCCUGCUAUCGGAGGCGCUUCCCGAGGCGCAGGUCCUCCACCCCACGCCCGGCGUGCCGCUCCAACUGCAGCUGGACUGGACAUCAUAGAUUCAUAGAUGGUGGGCACUGGGCAAUGGGGGCAUCCAUCCCCAGCCACAAUCAUAGCAUUUUCGGAGUUUAUAUAAGUGCACACAUAUAUAUAAGAAGCCACACCCAGAAUAGUGAUUAAGCUCAUUGAACGUAACUCCUGUAACUUUUAUUCAUUGCUUAAGCUCUCUAC